CUGGCCUGCUGCUGUGGCUCAGCGGCCUGCUCGUGCUGCUGUAACUGCUGCCCCAAGAUCAAACAGUCCACCGGGACCCGAAUCAUGUAUGCCUUCUACUUCCUGCUGGUCACCAUCAUCUGUGUCAUCAUGAUGUCCCCCACUGUGGAGCAAGAGUUGAGAGAUAACAUCCCCUUCUACAGUGACUUGUGUGAGAAGAUGAAUGCAGGGGAGAACUGCAAAACCCUAGUUGGCUACUCUGCCGUCUACAAGGUGUGCUUUGGCAUGUCCUGCUUCUUCUUAUUAUUCUCCCUCUUCACCAUACGAGUCAGCAACAGCACAAGCUGGAGGGCAGCUAUUCAUAAUGGGUUCUGGUUGUUGAAGUUUAUUGCUCUGGUGGCGUGCUGCGCUGGAGGCUUCUUCCUCCCACAACAGGAAAUCUUUCUGGAAGUGUGGCGCUACGUAGGAGCCGUUGGCGGGUUCAUUUUCCUGCUGAUCCAGCUCAUGCUGUUGGUGGAGUUUGCACACAGAUGGAACACAAACUGGAGUUCAGGAGCGAAGUAUAAUCGUCUGUGGUACGCAGCUUUGGCCUUGGUGACUCUGUUGCUGUUCAGUGCUGCGGUAGGAGCCGUAAUCUUCAUGGGUCUGUUCUACACUGACCCUGAGGCCUGUUUACUUAAUAAGAUCUUCCUGGGCAUCAACGGCAGCCUGUGCCUCGUCGUCUCCCUUUUGGCAAUCUCCCCAUGCAUACAGAAACUGCAGCCCACAUCAGGCCUGCUGCAGCCAGGAGUCAUCAGCGUGUACGUCAUGUACCUCACCUUCUCAGCAUUCUCCAGCAAACCAAAAGAAACUGUGGAGAGAAAUGGUCUGAACACAACCGUGUGUGUGUUUCCCUUCAACUCUGGGACUGAAAGCGACAAGAAAAUUGUCACUGCUUUUGGAACCGUUAUCCUGUUCGGCUGCGUCCUUUAUUCCUGCUUGACAUCCACCACCAGGCGGAGUUCUGCAGCGCUCCGAGUGUGUAGGAACAGUGAGCCAGAGACUGAGAGAGCUCGCUGCUGUUUCUGUUUUGGAGAUGACACAGAUGACUAUGAUGAUGAGAAGACUGGUUCGGGCCAGAACGUGGUGUAUGAUGAAAGAGAGGGAACCAUCUACAGCUACACCUACUUCCAUUUUGUCUUCUUCCUGGGAUCCCUCUACGUCAUGAUGACCGUCACCAACUGGUUCCAUUAUGAUAACCAUAAGAUUGAGAAACUGUUAGACGGGAGCUGGUCAGUCUUCUGGAUCAAGAUGGCGUCCUGCUGGGUCUGUCUCAUCCUCUACAUGUGGACCCUCGUCGCUCCCAUGAUCUGCCCGAAGCGCUUUGAGGCCUAGGCCACACAUCACCACGCUAGAGUCAGACAACUCUGAUUCUUGGGAUGUGGCCAGGCAGAAGCUCUGACGCUGAGCCAAGGGACCACCACAACCCCCCUUUACCUUGAAACACAACCCUACACUACCCUCAUUGUUCGAAAUGGAGGAUUAUCUGUUGCCUUUUGUUUUAUAUGCUAGUUUUACUUUUACUUUGUUUUACAAUGUUAAGCUGUUUAAUACCUUGAUGGUAAUUUUGUUAUCUUUUACUACCACUUACUCCUGGAGUUUUGUAUUGCUUACAGGUUUGUAAUUACAUUAAGAAUCAUGGGACUUAAGGUAAAUUGUGACACAUCCAGCCGCUAUAGAUUCCUUGAUAAUUUAAGAAGUAUUUCCUGUGUGUCCGUUUUUCUUGGAUUCUCGCUUUUUCUCUCAGCCAGCCAUUUCAGUUCUGUAAAGUUAGUAUAAAGUUGUAGCAAAGUUUAGGGGCAAAUUUGUUUCAAGUUAGAUGUGUUGCAAGAUAAAUUGUAUUUAUUUAAGUAUGUCUUAAGUAAUCACAAAUCAUUUUGUGAAGGAAUGUGGUGUACAUCGAAUUAGAUUUGUCCCCAACUUUGUGUAAAAAUUCAUCUCUCAGGCUCAAAUGUAAGCUGUAUAUGUUUAUGCUUUGUUAUGUUGCGCCCUUUUGUAGAAUUUUUCUAUGCAACAGAACAAGCUUUUUUCAAUAUUACAGACAGCCAGUGUUGUGAAGUUUCCAGUUAAAUCACAAGGUUAAUGUUUCAUAUUUUAUUAAUGUCAGUGCUCCCUUUGAGCGAGAUCUUUUCUUAGGAAAAUCCAUGUCAUUUGUACAACAUUUCCAGUCAUCGUUGUUGUUGUACAGGGCAGUGCUCUUCAGAUCAACCUGCCUUACGUAACUGACGUUAGUGGAGUGCCGCCUCUCUGGAAGAGCUGCAGUGACAUAGAUAAGGGAACGUUUGCCAAAGGUAGAUGUCAGUAAACUACUACAAACUAUCAUUGUUUGGUCAGUUAAAGAGAAAAAUAUAAUUGAGAACAUUAUGUAUUUGCAUGCACAGACACUUAAAUCAGCUGUUUUUGUACAGUUAUAAAGGCUUUUGCCUGUCUUUGUUACAUGUGUCAGCUCAAAAGGUCAGAAUGAGGUAGCAUGAGUGCUUUUAUUAGUGAGUUAUUCAACACUGGAUGUUGAUUUUACUGCCGAAUUAGAAUUCACACAAAGACCAUCACGUCUUUGUUUCCCAAGUAACUGAUUUUUAUUUUUUUAAAUAAAAAUACAAUAUAUUGCAUAUUGUCAGCUGCAAGUCAUUAUUUCUCAUUCAUCAAUAAAUCAGUUGACUUUUGUGUGAUUGCUAACGUGUUUUAUAAUAACUUAUGUACAUUUUGGCUAAAGUUCUGUGAUCUGUGGAUAGUUUCCCUUGAAUUAUGCUUUAUAUACCUGCAAAUUUUGUCAUGUGAUGUGGAAACAUUUCAGCAUUUUAACUAUUGGUAUGAAUGUAGAAAUUAAAUGGUGCUCUGCAGCUUUGAUACCAAGCUUCAAAAGAAGCCUAAAUCUGAUAGCAGGAUCCACUGUGAAAGCUGUGUACUACCGUAACAUACAGGAACAUUUUUGACCAAGCAGUAUGUUCGAAAUACAGAUAUGUGGGUGCCAUGCAUUCAUAUUGUUCAAAGUCUUUCAAUAAAACAACCAUUGAACGCCA